CAGCAAGAUUCAGAGCCGGAGAAGCCGUCUGACCACAGCCAUGGAAGAGUACUUCUCUGCAAUCCGCAAGAUGGAACAUGCGGUUAUGUUUCCCAGCCUCCUCAGAGGCGUCUACAUGGAACAACAGGAUGACGCAUCCACUGGUGAUUUUGGCAACAGGGACCUGUAUGAGUAUUACAUGCAACUGAAAUCCAUCAAACUCGCGGUGGAGGGUAGACUGGCGCCUCUAAAUGAAAGCAAACACCAAAUCACCAGCAGAGAAGAAGUACAAGAGAACGGAGAAGAGGCCGAUCUCGAAGGACUGCUUUAUCAUCACUUUACAGGCUUGUAUCGUGUCCUGACCCAUCUGACCAGAAAAGCCAAUGCCCUGACCAGAAAAUACAAUGAAAUUAUAGGACAGAUCAACCAGAGUGAAAUUACGCUUACCUGGUGAAACAGCCACCAAUAACUUCAAAAGGACACACUACCACCCCUGCGCUGCAUACAGUUGACGUCCUGCGGCAAGUACUGCUGGUGAAUUACUUGACUGACACCAAAG